AUGAAGCUUGAUAGUGUGCAGAAAAAUCCACCCGCUCAGACCGGCUCUCAGAUCUCAUCUAGUACGACCCUGAUAGAAACUGGACCGCAACCGCCAAUAGGUGAUCUGGGUACAACCGGCUCACAGAUAGGGCUUGCACCGGAAAGUGACAAUUCUGUGGAGAAGGGCCGAGCUGAAGAAGUUGACCAUGUUUCUCUAUGGGACCAAGCCUAUGACACUCUGAAAAAAGAGCAACCUAAGCUGGUCUUGCAAUAUGAGAAGCUUCUGUCUAGGGUGUUAGAUGAUUCGAAUCCAUCAUCGCCUUCAUACGAUGACCUUGAUAACAUGGAGAAUCUUAUCCCCCAAGGUGAUAGACUCGAUCGCCAGAAAAAGAUGGCGGAAGCAAGGGAGCGCGGGUUGAAACACGUCGAGGAUGAGAAAGCCAGCAUGAGUAUUCUAGGACACAAAGUCAUCUUACAAGAUGCCAUGGGAGGAAUCGCAGAAGGCAUUGAGGCUGCCCAGACAUAUGUCAAAGGCGCGAUCAAGGAUGUUCCAUACGCCCCUGCCGUCGUGGCAGGUAUCUCUCUGGUUCUUCCACUCUUCAAAAACCCGAGCGCUGUUGAGGCAGCCAACCGCGAGGGGCUUGCCUAUGUGAUAUCCCAAAUGAGUUACUAUGGUGCGAUGGAGCCCCUCCUACUACAAGAUCAAAAACGGACUGCCUUGGAUGAAGACUUGUUCGGGCGUGUGGCUGGUUUCUACAAAAUGGUCACCGAGUUCCAGAUACAGAGCAUCUUAUGUACUAUUCCUGUCAAGUUCAACCAUCUCAAAAAUAUCCGCAAGACAGCCGAUGAAUCUUGUGGGAAACUCGAGAAUAUUCGCGAGGGAGUUCAACAGCUUGUCAUGUAUGCAAAGGAUAACGAGAAACAGAAAUUUCUCGAAGCACUGCAGACGAGCGACCCUAGUGAUGAGAAGGAUCGCAUUGAAGAAGAGAAAGGAUUUAUACUUCAAGGCACUACGGAUUGGAUACUCGGAACUCCAGAAUUCCAGUAA